AUGAUCAUCAAUGCAAUAUAUCCUGAAUUAAAAGGAAGGGGAGAAACUUUGGAUCUGAAGUCUCUAGGUCCAAGCACUUUUGGCCUAAUGAAGAAAAACCGCAAGGAAGAUGAAUCCACUCCUCCUGUCGCAAUUGUUGCAGAGGAGCAUGUUCCAUUGAUCAAUGUUAAUGAUGAUGAUGAUGAUGAUGAUGAAGGUAAUGAUGAUGAAGAUGAAGCCCAACCAGAUAAUGUGGUUAGCCCAAUACUGAAUGAAGGUCCCAAUGUUGUUCAUUCGUCCUUUGAAGCCGGAAGCUCUUCAGCUACUGGUGGCUCUUCAACUCCCCAACCUGCGCACAAUGCUUCCUCAGAGAGGCUUGCCAGGUUCUUAGCUCAACAGUAUAUUGACCCUACACCCCAAGGCAAAGGGAUAUCUAUUGGUUCAGGGAGUUCCGAGGGAGUAAAUCCAUCAGUUUUGGAGCUCAAAGCAGAGAUUGGAGUAUUAAAUUAG